AUGGCGGAAUUCGUACGCUCCCAGAUUUUCGGCACGACCUUCGAGAUCACCAGCCGGUAUACGGACCUGCAGCCGGUGGGCAUGGGUGCCUUCGGCUUGGUUUGCUCGGCGCGGGAUCAAUUGACUGGCCAGCCUGUCGCAGUCAAGAAGAUCAUGAAGCCUUUCAGCACCCCCGUUCUCUCAAAGCGUACCUAUCGCGAGCUGAAGCUGCUCAAGCAUCUCCGACAUGAGAAUAUUAUCAGCUUGAGCGACAUUUUCAUUUCCCCUCUUGAGGAUAUUUACUUUGUCACCGAGCUUCUCGGAACUGACCUCCACCGUCUCCUGACCUCCCGUCCAUUGGAGAAGCAAUUCAUUCAGUACUUCCUGUACCAGAUUCUGCGUGGACUGAAAUACGUUCAUUCCGCCGGUGUGGUCCACCGUGACCUGAAGCCGAGCAACAUCCUUAUCAACGAGAACUGCGACUUGAAAAUUUGCGACUUUGGCCUGGCCCGUAUUCAGGAUCCUCAAAUGACCGGCUAUGUGUCGACCAGAUACUACCGAGCUCCUGAGAUCAUGCUCACUUGGCAAAAGUACGACGUCGAGGUGGAUAUUUGGAGUGCAGGCUGUAUCUUCGCCGAGAUGCUGGAAGGAAAGCCCCUCUUUCCCGGCAAGGACCAUGUCAACCAAUUCUCCAUCAUUACCGAGCUCCUGGGCACACCUCCCGAUGAUGUGAUCCAAACAAUUUGCAGCGAAAAUACUCUCCGUUUCGUCAAGUCUCUGCCCAAGCGUGAGCGCCAGCCUUUGGCAAACAAGUUCCGCAACGCCGACGCCGAUGCCGUUGAUUUGCUUGAACGUAUGCUUGUCUUCGACCCCAAGAAGCGCAUUCGUGCGGACGAGGCGCUCGCUCACCCGUAUCUCGCACCCUACCAUGACCCCACCGACGAGCCCGUCGCGCAAGAAAAGUUCGACUGGUCCUUCAACGAUGCGGAUCUGCCCGUGGACACAUGGAAGAUCAUGAUGUAUUCUGAAAUUCUCGACUUCCACAACAUCGAUCAAGCCAACGAGGCUGGCCAAGCGUUGGUGGCUGGUGCGUCGCACAGUGGCAUGGCACCUCAAACCUACGUGUAG